AUGGAUGACAAAAUUCCUUCUGUGGUGGAAAUUAUUGGCGCUUUCCGUCUUCAUUUAGGAAAAAUCGGUUACAUUUCACAGAGUGAAGUGACGCUGCCAACAGACCGAAGUGAUUCUUCGAAGAACAAAGUGAUUGAUUUCAUCCUCAAAAUUUCUGACUUCGUGAGGCUUUGUGAUGAUGCAAAGCUUUUGGAGACUUCGCUUCUAGGUACACUGCUGCAAGAGGUUGCUUCCCCCUUAUUGUCAUCAAGUGUAGUCGCUUCAUUUUUUGGUUGUAUUUACCAAUCUACUGAUUAUUGGCCAUACUUUUCAGCUGGUUUUCUGAAGGUCUUUCAUGUACUUUCAUAUACGUCGACUCCAAAUGCCUACUUUAAUUUCCCAGACAGUGAAUUUUCUAGUAUUGCUCUACCCCCUACAGAUAAGUGGCCAUGUCAGAGUGGUUGGACACUGCAGUGUUGGAUAUACAGACAUCCUUCAUCCAGACGUAACAGUAAAGUGCAUUUAUAUUGUUUCCAAACCGGUGACCGUCUUGGAUUUUCUGGUUACUUUGUGGAUGAAGUUCUUUUCCUGUCUUUAGCCCGGAGCAAAAAGAAGGUUGAUGAGUUUCCAGUAAAUUUUUAUUUCCAUCUGCAUGAGUGGUAUAUGCUUACAAUUGUGCACUCUUAUGUUCGAUGGAGUGGUGGCAAUAUUUUGUGCUACGUUAAUGGAGUUUUGGUAUCAAACUUUGAUAUCACAUGGCAUUUAAAUUCCAAUGAGAUAUUUAAGACGUGUCUUAUUGGUCAGUCGAGUGACUCUGCUGAUGGAAGUUGCUUCAGUGGACAUAUCUCCACCAUAAUGGGAUUCAUGGAUGCCCUAACACCUGAACAAAUUGCUUAUAUUUACGCCUUAGGUCCAAAAUACCAGGGUCAGUUUCGUUUUGAAACGGAAAGUUAUGAUGAAUUGACUUUAAAUCUAACGAAAACUACGAUAGACUCUAAUAAACUGCACAAUGCACUCAUAUUUGCCUAUAAUCCUCUUGCUUGUGAUGGCCGUUUAUGUCUAAAUCAAGCUGUGAAUUUUCAUCAAUCAAAUCAAAUUUCACUACACGCUAUAAUGAAUGGGAAUGUUUCUUCAGUAAUAAGCGUAGCAGUGUCAGACGUACUUAUAAGUUUGGGUGGUAUACAGUUAUUAUAUCCUUUAUUCAGUCGUUUGGAUUGGCCUGUUGAAAAAUUUAAUGGUUUCGGAGAUGAUUCUGAUCUUUCGAAGUUACUCUCUUUGCAUCCAUCAUUUACAAACCUUCAACCUUCUAUACCUGAAAUACCAACAACCUUAGUUCGUCUUAUUUUUGGCUUAGUUCGUACAUCGACUACAUUAAGAAAUCAGUUUAUUACAACUAAAGGUCUUCUUGUUAUUGCUAAUGCUUUGAAUCAAUCACAGGCGAAACAUUUAACAAAGAGUUUACUUGAUGAAGUUAUAAGUUUUACGUGUCAUCUGCUGAAGGCGAUCAGUACGACUUAUGAGGGUGGCGCUACUACUUUGAAUACUCACAGUAAUUCAAUGGUUAAUUCUAAUGUUCAUGUUAUAUUAAUUAAACAAAUGUACGGUUACUUAAUAAGUAAUUCAGAACUGUGGUGCAGAGCAACAGUAGAUGUUCAGGAAUACUUAUACCAAUUUUUAGCUACUGAUUUUAUGGAAGCAGUUAUCUCAGGUUAUAUUGGUCGAACUGGAACUGUGAUACAUUGUUUAAACACAUUGAAAUAUUAUCUGGCAUUGGCUAAUCCUCGUGCACGAAGUGGAUAUGAACUUGGUACACCAGGUCAUGAGGUAAUAGGCUCAGUUGAAGAGAUAAUUAAACUUCGUACCAACUUAUUAAUUUAUCUGAAACGUUUAUUUUCACGUGUACAUGAACCAGAAAAUACACAUGAUGUAUUAUAUUUACUAGUCAGUACAUUGAUUGAAUUUCCAACUACCUGUGGUUCAGUAUUUAUUCGUACUAAUGGAAUACAUUGUGUAUUUAAACUACUCACCUCCGAAGAUGAACAUGUUCGAAUAUAUAGUAUCAAAUUAUUUGGAUUGUAUCUUCUGUAUGGAAAACACUGUUAG